CUAAAUAACAUAAUUGAAAUUAACCAAACAGUAUAACCAAAAAAAUUGAAUUGGAACCGAGGACCGAAUGCAGAGUCUAAAGACACCCUGAAACCGGCAAAGCUGCAACCUUCGACGUCGACUAAAUAAUCAAUUCCACUAAGCUUCUUCGAUUCAUCCUCUCAGACCAUCCUUCACUGCUUCUAAGUUUUUUCAUAUCUGGAUGGAAAGCAAAGGAAGACAUCCUCCUCCACCUCAUCAUCUCCGACAUCCUCUUCCAAUCCCCGUCAUGCCUCCACCUCCUUCUCAGCCUCCCUUCCCUUCCUUCCACACGCUCCCUCCACCUCAACUCAUGGAACAAAAACUCGCCACACAACACGGCGAAAUGCAGAGACUAGCAAUCGAGAAUCAAAGACUCGCCGCUACACACGGUAACCUAAGACAAGAGCUAGCAGCUGCUCAGCACGAGCUGCAGAUGCUACAUUCCCAGAUCGGGUCAAUCAAGUCCGAGGGAGAGCAGCGGAUGAGCGGUUUAGCGGAUAAAGUUGCGAAGAUGGAGAGUGAGCUGAGGAAGUCAGAGGCUGUUAAGAUGGAGAUGCAAGAGGCGCGUGCGGAGGCGCGUAGCUUGGUGGUGGCGAGGGAGGAGCUUAUGUCGAAAGUUCAUCAGUUGACUCAGGAGCUUCAGAAGGCUCGUGCUGAUGUGCAGCAAGUUCCGGCGCUUAUGUCUGAACUUGAUGGGUUAAGACAGGAGUAUCAGCAGUGCAGGGCGACUUAUGAUUAUGAGAAGAAGUUUUAUAAUGAUCAUAUUGAGUCACUUCAGGCUAUGGAGAAGAAUUACAUGACUAUGGCUAUGGAAGUACAGAAACUUCAAGCGCAGUUAAUGCACGGAAGAGCUGGUGGCGCUUAUGGUAAUAACAACACCAAUGCUGAACAUGACGCUUCUGGCCAUCAGAAUGGCACUGGAUACUAUGAUGAUGCUUAUGGUCACCAGGGCUAUGUUCCUCAACCAGCAGCUGGUACUGCAAAUGCACCAAAUCCAGCCGUUCCAACAGCUCAAUACCCUUAUCCAGGAGGAUCUCAGCCAGGAUACUUCCCUCCAAGACCCGGUUACUACUUCCCAAGAGGCCCUCCUCCUGGUUCAUAUGACCCAUCAAGGUUACCCGCAGGACCACAGGGAGGUCCGUUUCCUCCUGGAUCAUCCAACAAUACGCCUUACGGCUCUGCUGCAACAACUGGUCCACGUGGAAACCCCAGUCGUAGAUGAAGCUACCCAAAACAGAGUACAUAGUGAUAAACAAACCAUCCUCUAUCCCUUGUUAAACUGAGGAAUUAUUGCUGGUUCUGGAUUUACUUACGUGGUCAAGAGAUGUUAUUGUUAUCUCAUUUUGUAAGAGCUUCUUGACUUGAAUUUUAAUACUUAAAAACGGAUUAUAAAUUAAAUGAAAGUUAUAUUUACC